CUGGCACAACACAACAAGAUGGCCGCCGCGCCGCCGGUCGCCUGAGGGCCCGCGUCUCGGUGUGGCCCGUCCCGCGAGGCUGUCCCUCCCGCUCCGCAGGCGGUGAAGCGUGCUUCGGCGUCGGCACCGAGCGGGGCAGGCGUGCGGCUAAGGCCGGGAGGCCCGGGGCCAGCGUGAGGUUUUGAUGGCCACCUGGUUUUAUUCUUGCUGGCAAUGAAGAAAGGUUCUGAACAAAAGCUCUCCAAAGCAAAGAUGCCACUGUCAUCUCAUUUUUCUGGGCCAUCACCUCUUAUGUCCAGUAUGCGAUCCAGGUCACUUUCACCUUUAAUUGGGUCUGAGACUCCACCUUUUCAUGCUGGCGGACAGUGGUCUGUACAGGCUGAGCUUACAGAGGAAAACACCAUGCCUUUGGACUCCCAACACCAUAAAGGAGCGGAUUCAUAUGUAGGAGUCCGGUAUAUUACAGAGGCCCUCAUCAAAAAAAUCACUAAACAAGACAAUUUGACCCUGGUACAUUCUCUGAACCUUUCACUUUCUAAAGAUGGUGGCAAGAAAUUUAGGUACAUCGAAAAUUUGGAAAAGUGUGUUAAACUUGAAGUACUGAAUCUCAGCUAUAAUCUCAUAGCAAAGAUUGAGAAAAUGGACAAGCUGCUAAGAUUACGUGAACUCAACUUAUCAUAUAACAAAAUCAGCAAGAUUGAAGGACUAGAAAACAUGUGUAAUCUGCAAAAGCUAAACCUAGCAGGCAAUGAAAUCGAGCAUAUUCCAGUGUGGUUCGCAAAGAAGUUGAAAUCGUUGCGAGUCCUCAAUCUAAAAGGCAAUAAGGUAUCAUCGCUCCAGGAUGUAAGCAAGUUGAAACCACUACAAGAUUUGACUUCUCUAGUCCUCCUUGAGAAUCCGGUUGUGGGCCUUCCUCAUUACCUCCAGUUUACCGUUUUCCACCUUCGUUCCCUGGAAAGUUUGGAAGGUCAGCCAGUGACCACCCAGGACAGACAAGAGGCUUUCGAGAGAUUCAGUUUAGAAGAGGUCGAAAGACUGGAAAAAGCCCUGGAAAAGAAGAUGGUGGAAACAGAAGAGCUUAAGAACAAACAAACAAAGUUUCUUGAAGAAAUUAAAAAUCAAGAUAAGCUAAACAAGUCCUUAAAAGAAGAAGCCAUGUUGCAGAAACAGAGCUGUGAAGAGCUAGAAAGUGACCUCAGCACAAAAAACAAGUUGCUAAAACAGAAAACAAUGGAACUAACUCGAGCAUGUCAAAAGCAGUAUGAGUUGGAGCAGGAACUGGCCUUUUAUAAAAUUGAUGCUAAGUUUGAGCCACUAAAUUAUUAUCCAUCAGAGUAUGCUGAAAUUGACAAAUCCCCAGAUGAAAGCCCUUAUAUUGGCAAAUCCAGAUACAAGAGAAACAUGUUUGCCACUGAGACUUACAUUGUCAGCGAUGCCCAGGCAGUUCAGAUCCAGAAGAUGACGUCAGGAGGACAGCUUAGACAUGAGCACGUGCCCCUGAGAGCCCAUGCAUCACCGGAUGUACAGUUGGAAGACACAGAAAAAAAAAUAAGUGCAGCACAAAUGCGACUGUCGGAGCUCCAUCACGAAAUAGAAACAGCGGAACAGAAAAUAUUACGGGCUACUCAAGAGUUAAAGCAGCUAGAAGAAGCUGUACAACAGAAAAAGAUUUCAGAAGCAGAGAAGGACCUUCUUCUCAAGCAGUUGAGUGAUAGAAUUCAACUUCUAAACAAAUUGCGCCAGGAGGCUCUGGAUCUAGAAAUGCAGAUGGAAAAGCAAAGGAAAGAAACAGCCGAAAAGCAGGAGGAGAUCAGCAACCUGCAACUAGCCAUAGAUAGCCUGGACUCCAAAGACCCAAAGCAUUCCCACAUGAAAGCCCAGAAAAGGGGUAAAGAACAGCAUCUUGACAUUAUGAACAAGCAGUACACACAGCUGGAGAGCCGCUUGGAUGAGAUCCUUUCUAGAAUUGCCAAAGAGACUGAAGAGAUCAAGGAUCUUGAACAACAGCUUACUGAUGGCCAGAUAGCAGCAAAUGAAGCUCUGAAGAAGGAUUUAGAAGGUGUCAUCAGUGGGUUGCAAGAGUACCUGGGGACCAUCAAAGGCCAGGCAACUCAGGCUCAGAAUGAAUGCAGGAAGCUGCAGGGUGAGAAAGAGACAUUGCUGCAGAGACUGACGGACGUCAAGCAGGAGAGGGAUGAACUGGAAAUAGUUGCCAUGGAUGCAGAAAAUAUGAGGAAGGAACUUAUAGAGCUAGAAAGUGCCCUCCGGGAGCAGCGUGAGAUGAAUGCAUCCCUACAGCAAGCCCAAGGAGAUCUCAGUGCCUACGAAGCUGAGCUGGAGACUCAGCUAAGACUAAAGGAUGCUGAAGCCAGCCAGCUCAAGGAGGAGCUGGAGAAACUCAAAAGACUCACUCAGCUAGAGCAGUCUGUGCUUCAGACAGAACUGGAGAAGGAAAGAGAGUCCCUCAGGGAUGUCCUGGGCAAAGCCCAGUCCUCGGAAGAGAAGCAACAGGAGAACAACAAGCUCCGCACACAGCUUACAAAGCUGCAGGAUGACAACAGCCUAUUAAAGCAGCAGCUAAAAGAUUUCCAGAACCACCUCAACCAUGUGGUUGAUGGUCUGAUUCAUCCAGAAGAAGUGGCAGCUCGUGUAGAUGAGCUAAGGAGAAAGUUGAAACUAGGAGCUGGAGAAAUGAGAAUCCAUAGUCCUUCAGAUAUCUUGGGGAAAAGUCUCGCUGGUCUACAGAAACAAUUCAGUGAAAUCCUUGCACAAUCCCAGUGGGAAAAAGAGGAAGCACAAGUUAGAGAGAGGAAACUCCAUGAAGAAAUGGUUCUCCAGCAAGAGAGACUGGCAAAUGGACAAGAGGAGUUCAGGCAGGCCUGCGAAAGAGCGCUUGAAGCCAGAAUUAAGUUUGAUAAAAGGCAACAUAAUGCAAGAAUCCAGCAAUUAGAAAAUGAAAUUCACUAUUUGCAAGAAAACCUAAAAAGUAUGGAAGAAAUCCAAGGCCUUACAGACCUCCAGCUUCAGGAAGCAGAUGAAGAAAAGGAAAGAAUUCUGGCCCAACUCCAGGAGUUAGAGAAAAAGAAGAGGCGUGAAGACGCCAAAUCUCAGGAGCAGUUCCUUGGUCUAGAUCAAGAGCUGAAGAGUCUGAAGAAAGCUGUGGCUGCUUCUGAUAAACUAGCUGCAGCUGAGCUCACCAUCGCCAAAGACCAGCUCAAGUCUCUGCAUGGAACCGUCAUGAGAAUUAAUCAGGAGCGAGCAGAGGAGCUGCAGGAAGCAGAAAAGUUCAGCAGAAAGGCCGCACAAGCAGCCAGAGACCUGACCCGGGCUGAAGCCGAGAUCGAGCUCCUACAGCAUCUUCUCAGGGAGAGAGAGGGCCAGUUUCGCAUUGAGAUGGAGAAUGCAGAUGUAGGUUCGAAAGGAGCAACCUCACAGCUGCUGGAGAUGGAGACGCUGAAUGAGGCCAUGGCGAAGCAAAGAGCUGAGAUCACAAGGCUUCGGGAUGUACUAAACCUCACUGGGACUGAUAAUAAAGGAGGCAUUGAAAAUGUUUUAGAGGAAAUUGCUGAACUCCGGCAUGAAGUUUCUGCUCAGAAUGAGUACAUCAGCAACAUGACAGAUCCUUUCAAAAGACAAGGCUAUUGGUAUUUCAUACCACCACCGCCAUCAUCAAAAGUUUCCAGCCAUAGUUCUCAGGCCACCAAGGACUCCGGUUUAGGUCUAAAGUAUACAGCUUCUACUCCUCUUAGAAAACCACAGCCUGGACAGCAAGAAGAGAAGGACAACCGUGGACCUCUGCCUGCUUCAGGAUACUGGGUCUAUUCACCCAUCAGAAAUAGGUUGCAUAAGUCAUUUUCAACUAGAGAAGAUGCGGACAGUGGAGGAGAUAGCCAAGAAGAGAGUGGACUGGAUGACCAGGAGGACCCCUCAUUUGUGCCUCCUCCUGGGUACAUAAUGUAUACUGUGCUUCCUGAUGGGUCUCCGGUACCCCAGGGAAUGGCCUUGUAUGCACCAUCGCCUCCUUUACCCAACAACAGUCAACCUCUGACCCCUGGCGCUGUGGUUUAUGGCCCACCUCCUGCUGGGGCCCCCAUCAUAUAUGGACCUCCUCCCACCAACUUUGCUGUUCCCCUUGUCCCUUUGGGUGUGCAGCAUUGCAACGUCCCAGAGCACCAUAACCUAGAGAAUGAAGUGUCUAGACUGGAAGACAUAGUGCAGCAGCUAAAAUCAAAACGGCGGGAAGAGCAGUGGCUGAAAACAUCCAAGCAGCAUUCUGAGAAAGAAGUAGAAGAGCUGCAUCGCAAUAUUGAUGACCUUUUGCAAGAGAAGAAGGAAUUAGAACAGGAAGUAGAAGAAUUGCACAGAACCAUCCAGAAACAUCAACAACGACAGGACUUCAUUGAUGGAAAUGUUGAGAAUCUUAUGACUGAACUAGAAAUAGAAAAGUCUCUCAAACGCCAUGAGGAUAUUGUUGAUGAAGUUGCGUGCAUAGAGAAGACUCUUCUGAAGCGGCGCUCGGAACUCAGGGAAGCUGACCGACUUCUGGCAGAGGCUGAGCACGAGCUCUCCUGCACUAAGGAGAAGACAAAGAAUGCUGUUGAAAAGUUUGCUGAUGCUGAAAGAAACCUAUUACAAGCCGAGUCAGAUGCUGAGGCGCUAGAGAAGAGAGCCCAAGAGACUGCGCUUAACCUCGUGAAAGCUGAGCAGCAGCUGAGAUUGCUCCAGGCUGAUGCAGAGGACUUGGAGCAGCACAAAAUCAAACAAGAAGAAAUCUUGAAAGAAAUAAACAGAGUUAUAGCAGCCAAAGAUGCAGAUUUCCAGUGUCUGAGCCAGAAGAAGGAGAAACUGACAGAAGAGCUCCAGAGUCUGCAGACAGACAUUGAGACAGCGGAGCACAAUGAGGAUCACCACCUCCAGGUCCUUAAAGAGUCUGAGACUCUCCUUCAGGCCAAGAGAACUGAACUGGAAACGCUGAAAAGCCAGGUGACAAGCCAGCAGCAGGAGCUGGCUGUCCUAGACACUCAGUUGGGGCAUAGAAGGGAAGAGCUGCUCCUACUCCAGGACAGCCUGGUCCAGGCAAAAGCUGACCUCCAGGAAGCCCUGACACUGGGCGAGACAGAAGUCGCUGAGAAGUGCAGUCACAUCAGGGAAGUAAAAUCACUUCUGGAAGAGCUGAGUUUUCAGAAAGGAGAACUGAAUGUCCACAUCAGUGAAAAGAAGACUCAGCUCGCACUUAUAAAGCAGGAGAUGGAGAAAGAGGAAGAAAAUCUUCAGGUAGUUUUACAGCAGCUGUCAAAACAUAAGACUGAACUAAAGAAUGUUGCAGACAUACUGCAGCUUGAAAACAGUGCGCUCCAAGGUCUGAAGCUACAGCAUGACCAAAAGGUGACGGAGCUGGAGAAGACGCAGGUGGAUGUGUUGGAGGAGAAGCUGGAACUGGAGAAUUUGCAGCAGACAGCUCAGCAGCAGAGCAGGGAAAUUGAGUGGCAGAAGCAGCUCCUGGAGAGGGACAAGCGGGACCUGGAUCGAGUGAGGGCCGAGACGCAGGCACUGCAGUCAUGCAUGGAGUGUUUGACUCAAGAAAAGGAAGACCUCCGAGAGCAGUGUGAGACUUGGGAACAGAAGUCUUCACAGGCCAAAAGGGUUUUAGCAGCUACAGAAGAAAGCAACAGAAUGGAGCGGUCAAACCUAGGGAAGCUAGAGCUGCGUGUCCGGGAGCUGCAGCAGGAGCUGGAGCACCUGAGCAGAGACAAGCUAGCCUUGCACAGCGACAUUGCCACAGUGCAGCAGCAGCUACAAGAUAAACGGGAAGCCAUAAUCUCACUACAGAAGGAACUAGAUAGUACCCAAGACCAUUUGGACCUAGCAAAGCAGACCUACCUGGUUGGUGCUGAAGAGACACUGGUCACCUUAGGAAUGAAUGGCUGUGUGAGGAGUUCCAAUGUGUUCUUUCACCUAAAGGACCUGCUCCACACCACCCAGCGCCAGAAUGCUCUGCUCAGUGAGCAGGGACAGCUGCAGAAGGACGUCAGCAAAUGGAUUGCCAGGUUUGAGAGCUGCCAGAAAGAGGCAGAGAAUAAAGAACAGCAACUUCAGGAGCUUCAGAAUGAGAUCAGAGAGAGCAAGCUCCAGCUAGACCAGCAAGAAACGAUGUUUGAAAGGCUGCAGAAGGAAAGAGAAAGUGAGGAACAGAAGUUAGAGGCUGCUAGAGUUACACUGCGGCAGCAGCAGGAGCAGCUGGAGAAGGAGCUGACAGAGCAGAGGACCAAACUGGAGCAGCUGCUCACAGCCGUGACGGCCGCUGAAGGACGCCUCCGGACCCUGCAGGAAGAGGAGCGGUGCAGUAAGAGCCUGGAGAAGACGCUCUCCCAGGCCAAACAGCAGCUUUCAGAACGGGAGCAGCAGCUGAUGGAGAAGUCAAGUGAGCUGUUGGCCCUGCAGAAGGAGGCUGACGCUAUGCGGGCAGAUUUCAGCCUACUGCGAAACCAGUUCUUAACAGAAAGGAAAAAGGCGGAGAAGCAGGUGGCUGGCCUAAAGGAAGCUCUAAAGAACCAGCGGAGCCAGCUGGAGAAGAACCUUCUGGAGCAAAAACAGGAGAAUAGUUGCAUGCAAAAGGAAAUGGCCACAAUUGAACUGGUAGCCCAAGACAACCACGAGCGAGCCAGGCGCCUCAUGAAGGAGCUCAACCAGAUGCAGCACGAGUACCUGGAGCUCAAGAAACAGAUGGCAAACCAAAAAGAUCUGGAGAGAAGGCAAAUGGAGAUCAGUGAUGCAAUGAGGACACUUAAGUCUGAGGUGAAAGAUGAAAUCAGAACCAGUCUGAAGAACCUCAACCAGUUUCUUCCAGAACUACCAGCGGAUCUAGCAGCUAUUUUGGAAAGAAACGAAAACUUAGGAGCAUUGGAAAGCUUGAAAGAGAACUUCCCAUUCACCACGAAUGAGAGACUUUUUGAAGAAAAAUCCAACUUUUCCCAUGUUCACAUCAUGGAUGAACACUGGCGUGGAGAAGCACUCCGUGAGAGACUGCGCCACCGUGAAGAUCGACUCAAGGCUCAACUUCGACACUGUAUGUCUAAGCAAGCAGAAGUGUUAAUCAAAGGGAAGCAGCAGACAGAGGGCACCUUACACAGUCUGAGGAGACAAGUCGAUGCGUUAGGAGAGCUGGUCACUAGUACCUCUGUAGACUCGUCAUCACCCAGUCUGUCUCAUCUAGAAUCAUCCCUUGUGGAGGACUCCCGGCUUGGACAAAGUCAGAGCUCCUUUCAAGGUCUGCAGGGUCCAUCCAAACCACACAGUUACCACCACUGAGUUUCCUGCUUGAAGGGAAAAGAAGCUUCAGCCGAGGUCAGGAAUACAGUCUUGUGUGAACAAAGAGGAAAUGCCUACUCUACCUCAUUGACUUCCUAAUUGGAACGUCAGUUUAUUACCAAGACCCUGUGAAUCAAAGACUGAAAAUGCACUGUAGUUUGUGUUUGUACCGUUUAUACUGUGGUUUUUGUAAAUUACAUGUACCUGUGGGACUAGAUGUGGAUAGUCUAAACCAGAAUGUAAGGGGAGUAUUUUUAUUUUUCUCCCCCAGUCUUGCUAUGUUUUUGUUCUCCCAGUGAAUUUUUAACCACAUACACUGAGUCCAUAACUGGUAUGUCUAGUUACCAUGAAAAAGAAUGUACUAAAAGCCCCAAGACUUAAUAAGUUAUUUUUAGAUUCUGAUCAGAAAUCUAUUUUUAAUAUGAAAAUAAAAGAUACUGUCAACUUGGUCUAACUUUA